AUGGGCUUCCGGCCGUACUUCCUCCAUGAGUACUCGUCCGACGGGAUGUCAGCGAUCUUCACGCUCACCGCCGGCACUCUCACCGUCGUCUUCACGCGGUUCCUCCUUCUCUUGGAGCAGUGGCAUCGGCUGCCCGUGGUGUUGGCCUCCGAGUGCGCGCCGGCGCAGGGGUUCCUCUUGUGCCCACACAGCGGCGGCUUGCCGGCGGACACCAGGUUGCGGCCCUUGGACACGCUCCCCUCGGCGGCGGUCACCGACGAGAAGAAGGACGUAGACGUCAUAGACGUCGCGCCCGACAUGGUCAGGUUCGGCUUGGUGAAGUCCAGCGUGAGGCUCUGCGGCUGCGGGACCGGGGCGGCCAUCGAAACCGGCGCCACGACGGUCAAAGGGGCCGGCCUGGACGGCUCGAUGGCGAGAGGGCGCGGUGGGGAAGGAGGAGGAGCGACCAGAGUGGGGCCGCGGCGGAAGCGGGCGUGGCCGGUGCGGGCGAGGAUGGAGAUCACCUUGCGGAACUUGGAGACGGCCUAG